AUGGUAUUAUUAUUAACAAGGGUGAUAAACCCGCGCUUCUCCCCCCUCCUCCGCCGAACCUUCACAACCAAACGCCCACCACCGCCCCAUUACUACACCCUCUUCCCGCGCUCCCUCCCCUCGGGCCCACCACCCUCGGGCCCGUUCAUCCUUUCCCCGACCGUCCUGAAAUCCCUCCACCGCGAAUUCCUCAAAUCCCAGCAAUCCGUGCAUCCAGACCUAACGCAGGACCCGUCGCUAAAACUCGCGGCGCAGAACACGAGCGCCUACCUGAACACCGCGUACAGGACGCUGGGAGACCCGCUACUGCGUGCGCAGUACUUGCUGCGGAUGCGCGGGGUGGAGGUGGAGGAUGAAGCCGGGAGCGUGGAGGAUACGAUGCUGCUGGCGGAGGUCAUGGAGGCCAUGGAGGAGGUGGACGAGAUCGAGGGUGACGAUGAGGGGGGAGGGAAGGGUGGGGAGAAAUGGCAGAGGGCGUGGGGGGUUAAUGAGAGUAGGAUUCGGGAGGAGGUUGAUGGGUUGGAGGAGGCUUUUGGAAAGGAUGACUUGGAGAGGGCCGGGGCGGGGUGUGUCAGGUUGAGGUAUUGGGGGAAUGUUAAGAGGAGGUUGGAGGAUGUUUGGGAGGGGGGGAGGGGGAGGGGUGAGAGCAAGGGAUGA